CACAGCAAACUUUUCUUCAAAGCUAAUUAGCUUAUUAUUAUUAUUAUUAUUUUAUUAUAAUGUUUAAUGGGAAAGGGACGAUCAUCUGUUGAAGGCAGGUUCUGGUUCAAGAGAGGCAAACUCAAACUUGGCUGACUUAAAAUCCAAAAUCUGGACGUUUAGUUCUUCACUGCUUCAGCAGUACAAAUGACUGUGGGUUACUACUGGAAUGGACGGUUAACAGACAAUCAAUUUUAGUUUUGAAAUGCAGGUUGUUUUUUUUUGUCAGUUCAAGCCUACAUCACUUCAAGUGAUUAUUUAAUGCAUUCACCAAAAUAAAUGUUCAAAUAAUAUCUAUUUCAUUCAUUCAUUUUUUUCUCAUUCUUGUUUUUCUAAAUAACUUGGUAUCUUUUUAAAUAAGGGUUGUGAAUGAAAGAUAAACCAUUAACCACUUGGUAAAGUAACAAACUGGAGGUAAGAGCUGACUAGCCAUCCGAUUAAAUUGUGCUGCAUGUCAGGACAGGGCUGCUGGCUAUUUGUAUUCCCUGGGCACCAAAGAAGUCCAAAGGCUUCCUAGCAAAACAGACACCAACAAGCUCCACUGGGUUUAAAUGACAAUUCUGACAGUGUGCGGUGGUUCAUGGUCUUGUUGAAAUUUAAUUCUUUGCCCAUCCCCGAGAACUUUAGAGUGUUUUCACUCAGGAUGGCUUUACAUUUUUCACAUCAAUUUUUACCUUUUCAUCUUUCCUGUCACAAACGUCCCCACAGAAUGAUGGUAUCAUUACCAUGGUGAUAUCCAGUCCCUGUUUUCCUUCACAUGUCAUUGGGAAUUAUGGCUAAAAAUGUGAAUCUUCAUUUCAUCAGGUCAGAAGAUUAAGGUUCUUACAGUGUGAUAGUCAAGCAAGCUGUCAUGUAACAUUUAGUGGCUUCUGUCUGGCCACUCUAAAUUUGCAAGGGUGGAUGUUGUGGGAUAUCAAGUUAACGUGGCACACUAAAGAAAAGAAAACAAGUCGUUUUCAAUUAAUAUGAUCUACUCUGUAAAACGUCUUUCCUGAACACCCCCAUCAGAAAUAUUAGAACAGAGAAUUCUCCUUUUCGUUAUUCAUCGUGUCUUUGCAGAUGUUAACUCUGGGUACCUGAAAACUUCUUGCUAUCUGAAAUAUGACCCGUAUUUACCCUGUAAUUCAGAGGUUAUGCUGUGACAAAGACAAAAACAAUGAAAUACUAAAGAAACAAAGAGCCCACGUUUUAGCCUGAGAUUGAAAAGAGACAACAUUGUGUAAUCCUUUUGGCCAGAGUUGCUGACAGUGGAUAACCCUUUAAAAUGGCCCCUCUCUCCUGUCCAGUCCCAUCGUUGCCUCGUGCUCUCUCUGUUCACGUCCCCUGUCUUUCUCCAUACACACUGCCUAACUGACUGACUGGCUGGACUGUUACUAUGCCCAUUAAAGACAUUUGCUGUCAGAAACACAGGAAACCUCCACGAGCAGCACCUGCCCAACACUGAGAACAUUCACUUGAACCUCAAAUCAUUCAUCACUUUCUACCCGUUUCAUAAAAGCAGGACAAGACAGAAGACCAGACUGAAACAAAACCAUCCACAGAAACCGUGGGACCAAGAACACAAGGAGCAGUCAUACCAUGAUUGAAAGUGACAGAGAGCUGUCGGCCAUGGUGCAGGAGCUAUGGGACAAUGAUGUAAACAGACUCACACCUGGAAAAGACUACAGGAUCUCUCUGCAGGGCAAAGCUGGAGACAGCAUGGGCACCAGUGACAACAACGAUGCAGCAGGAUAUCCUUUGUUUACAUUUGUCGAUGAGAAUAUUUUCAAAAAGGAAACAUUUUUAGCCUUCAUCUCCCUGCUGGAUAAUUAUGAGAGUGACACUGGUGAGCCAGAAAUUGUAACUCCUGAGGAAGUGGCAGAGAACCACAAAUUCCUGGACUCCAUCGUUCAGACUACCACUAUGAAGAUAGCCCAUAAAUACCUGGUGGAGAAGCACCUUUCUCCUGAGAAUGAGACAGAAUUCAAGGAGCAGCUGUACAGGAUCUGGUUUGAACUGUAUACAAGGAGAGGAUCCAGCAGGCCAGACUCUUCAGGGUUUGAACAUGUGUUUGUCGGAGAGACGAGAGGAGGGCGGACUGUCAUUGGUUUUCACAACUGGAUCCAGCUCUAUUUACAAGAGAAGCUGGGUCACAUUGAUUAUAAAGGCUACACCGUUACUGCAAAUUCACCCCAGCCUGAUGAGAACAAACACAUCCUGGCACUACAAUUCAGCUGGAAGAACGGUAUAAAGCCCAAGGGUAGCAUCUUCAUCGGCGUCAGUCCAGAGUUCGAGUUUGCCCUCUACACACUCUGUUUCCUCACUUCACCCAACGAGCGUGUCAAAGUACAGUUCAGUUUAUACGAUGUGGAGAUUGUUUGCCACCACUACAACCAAAAGCACAUAGGCACCACCUUCCCUGUGCUCCUUAAGUACCUGAAACCUCGCUAACUUGCCUAGAAAUAAAUUAAACACUUGAGCUUGCAUACAAAGUGUCACGGGUAUUGUUGUUGUCUUUUUAUUUUAUAUAAAGAUACAAU